UAUCAUUAGUAAUGGGUGAUUGAUGGAAACAAAGAAAACAGAGAAACCAAGCAAAGCUCCCUUUCUGCCAAAGCAAAAGCUGAGCUUCCUUCUUCUCUGUCUCUCAAAAAAUAUGAUUAGAAGUUAGAACAGUCAACAAUACUAAACUGUUUGGUUUAAGAAGCUGGCCAAGUUUGAUUUCUUAUUAAAAUCUGAAGAAUUUAGAUUCAAUGGGGGGUAGACUGAGCCUAAACAAUUCCAGAAUCGAGCCCUAUGAGGUUUCACAAAGUGAACUUUGCAAGAGGCAAAGGGUGUCAUUAAGCUUUUGUGAGGAGAAUCCAAGAUUGAUCUCCAGUCUUCCUGAUGAGAUAUCUAUGCAGAUUCUUGCUAGAAUUCCUAGGGUUAACUAUUUGAAUCUCAAGCUGGUGUCUCGGGCCUGGAAGGCUUCCAUUGUGAGUGUCGAACUUUAUAAUUUGAGAAAAGAACUUGGAACUACAGAGGAAUGGCUGUAUAUAUUAACAAAGGUUGAAAAUGAUAAGCUUCUAUGGUAUGCUUUGGAUCCUCUAUCCAGAAGAUGGCAGAGGCUGCCACCAAUGCCGAAUUUUGCUCUUGAAGAUGAAACUAGAAAGGGUAUGAUCCCCCUUCGGAUGUGGAAUAUGGUGGGCUCAGGCAUCAAAAUUGCGGAUGUGAUAAGAAGUUGGCUUGGGAAGAAGGAUGCAUUCGAUAGAAUGCGGCUUUGUGGUUGUGCCAUUGGGGCUGUUGAUGGCUGCCUCUAUGUGCUAGGGGGAUUCUCUCGAGCUUCAGCCAUGAAAUGUGUCUGGCGGUAUGAUCCGAUUUUUAAUUGUUGGAGUGAAGCAGCUGAUAUGUCGAUUGGUAGAGCUUAUUGUAAGACCGGCAUCUUAAACAAUAAGCUUUAUGUUGUUGGAGGGGUUACUAGGGGUCCUGGUGGAUUGACCCCACUUCAAUCUGGUGAAGUUUUUGAUCCACAUACCGGUAUAUGGUCUCAAAUACCAAGCAUGCCUUUUACAAAAGCUCAGGUGCUACCAACUGCCUUUCUGGCUGAUCUACUUAAGCCUAUUGCCACUGGUAUGACUUCAUAUAGGGGAAGGUUAUUCGUACCUCAGAGUUUAUAUUGCUGGCCAUUUUUUGUCGAUGUUGGAGGGGAAGUUUAUGAUCCAGAGCUAGAUUCAUGGGUUGAAAUGCCAAUCGGAAUGGGUGAGGGUUGGCCUGCAAGGCAAGCGGGAACAAAAUUGAGCGUCACUGUUGACGGUGAGCUGUAUGCACUGGAUCCCUCUAGUUCUCUUGACAGUGCCAAGAUUAAGGUAUAUGAUUACCAAGAUGAUUCUUGGAAAGUUAUUGCAGGAGACAUUCCCAUCCCUAACUUCUCUUCAUCAGAGUCUCCAUAUCUACUUGCCAGUUUACUUGGGAAGCUUCAUAUGAUCGCUAAAGAUGCCACAAACAAUAUAUUUAUCUUGCAAGCUGAUUUGAAGAAUCAUUUAGCUCCCAUCCCAUCAGCUUCAUCGUCAUUGGAUGAUGCUCCCCAUGGAAUUUCUGAACCAACAGCAGAAUCAGAAAGAAGUCUUUGGGAGGCAAUUUCCAGUUGCAGUGUUGGGUCGGCUGAACUGGUGAGCUGCCAAACCCUUAAUAUUUAAGGAUUUUGCAACAAAAGUACUCUUUAUAAAAUGAUUUCAGAUAUUAUACUUGUGUUGGUUGAUAUGAUGACUAUUACAAAUGCAUACCAAAUUCAAAUUUUAUUAGCCAGAAUAUAAGAUGCAUAAUAAAUCCAUUUCAGUAGAAUGGAUGUACCUUCUUUUUCUUUUUCUUUUUCCUUUUUUUUUUUUCCCCUUAAAAUUCUAUCUCAUGUGUGCUGGGUUUUAGAUUAGCUAAUUCGGUACCCAAAUAGGUUGAAUGUUAGAAUGAUUUAAACUUGUAAUUUUGGAUGAAUUUUGGCUCUUGGUUGCCAAGACAAUCAGACUGGUUCAAACUACAAGAACAAAACAGACCUACAGAACUGAUCAUUUGCUGGGUCGGAGUGGAGUUCGGACAUGGAGCAUCGAUAGAAGAAUCCGAGAGAUUCGUUGGGUAAUUUUCAAUGUGCUUGGCUGAGUUAAGGAAACCUAGUUAACGCAAGUCUCCCAAUACACAUUCUUAUUUUACUACAAGAUAGACCCCAGUGCCAUGUUUGAUAAGUAUUGCUGACAUCAAUCGUUGGAAAUGUCUUUCAAGUUCUUUGCUUAACUUGUCAGUUGGGAAUGCAUUGGUGGAUUCUACUCUUUUGAAAAUUAGCCAUUGGGUAUGCAGGACGCACACGCCUUCACUUAUGUGGGUCCUACAAAUCCAAUGGUUGAUUUUCAAAAAUAAGGAUGGAAAAUGAUAGGAAAAGAAUGGGAGAAUGAAAUGUAUGGUUCUACUUUUAUGAUCUUUCUGGUAAGAAUACCCCUUUGAUGGAGAGAUAUUGACAACCAUGACAACAAAACUUAAGUGAAGGGGUAGAAAAUUGGUCGUUGCCAUAUGACUUGACUUAUGUGUUGUUGAUAGAGGAACAGGAGGGCUUUCAUCCUCUAGAAAACCAUUGCUAUCACAGCAUUUUGAAGUAUCUUAUUGAACCAUACAAAAUAGAUUGAUCAAUUAACAUCAUGGUACUAAAGCAAAAGUUUCACUUUUUUAGUCUCGCAGAAGCUUAAAAUUUCACUUUUUUACAUUGCUAUAUGAUUGUCAUAUAACUGUGAUUGAAAAAGUUAGCACUUUAUUUAUUU